CUCCCUCCCUGUUAAACAGUGGCACUAAUCGCCCUCCAUAUCUUCCAGGAAAUGGUCGCAUCCAGAGGAUGCGCCGACUCCGGAGGCGUGGAUUCCCAGCUCCACUGUCGUCUUAAGGCUACAUCUGUUCGUUGCCUUUAACUCCGCCGAACCCCGCGGUGCAGGGAAAUGUAGCACUGSCUCUCUUUUGUCGGCGCAUUAAAAAAAAUGAGCCGUCUAGAUGUUUCUAAUAAUAGCCGCUCUUAUUUUUACCCCACUGCCGCCUUAUUGCAUUAUGGAUGCCUCUGGAAUGGUGUCCCUUCGAGGUAGCGUGGGAAUAUCUCAGUAGAGAGGCUGCUCCAGCAUCCAUUCCUGUGUAGCUGUGGGGAGCAUCUCGUCUUCCGGAGGCUGGCUGCAGGCUCCUGUGCGAGGGGAUGCGUUUCUUCUUUCUCCUCUGCACGCCGGGUUUGACUCCAGAGGAGCGGUAGGCGAUGCGGGAGUACAAGGUGGUGGUGCUGGGCAGCGGCGGGGUGGGCAAGUCCGCGCUGACGGUCCAGUUCGUCACCGGGACGUUCAUAGAGAAGUACGACCCGACCAUUGAAGAUUUCUACAGGAAGGAGAUCGAGGUGGACUCUUCUCCGUCGGUGCUGGAGAUCCUGGAYACGGCGGGGACCGAGCAGUUCGCCUCCAUGAGGGACCUUUACAUCAGAAACGGCCAGGGCUUCAUCCUGGUCUACAGUCUGGUGAACCAGCAAAGUUUUCAGGACAUCAAGCCCAUGAGGGACCAGAUCAUCAGGGUCAAGAGGUACCAGCAGGUGCCGGUGGUGCUGGUGGGUAACAAGGUGGACCUGGAGGACGAGAGGGAGGUGUCCCCCAGCGAGGGCCAGGCGCUGGCCGAGGACUGGGGCUGCCCCUUCAUGGAGACGUCGGCCAAAAGCAAGACGAUGGUGGACGAGCUGUUCGCCGAGAUCGUCAGGCAGAUGGACUUCUGCCCUCUGCCCGACCGGAGGGAGACCUGCUGCCCUGCCUGUAGCAUUCAGUAGCAGCCUGAAGGAGGGGGUGAUGGACAGGGGAGGGCUAGAGUAGUCAUUAGCGUGCAAAUGUAUUCAUGUUAGAUGGUUUUAAAAUGGAGAGCUGCAGGAAAUAUCCGAUAUUUCUACAAGUUUCAGCCUACGCUCUUGGAAAGCAUUGUGGGACAAUGUAGGAAAAUGCUCUCUGAAGCAGUUCGGGGUGAGUUCGAUUCAAGCAUUCAUUGCCUCUCAGAUGAAAACUGGAUUUCCACUUGAACAACUAAGCAGCACUCAACCUCCAGCGUCUCCAUCAGCGCCUGGUUGAUUCAUUUGGAGUGAAAUUCUGGGGUUUCCCUAAAGCACCGCGGUGCCAAAGCCAUCAACAACGAGGAUUGUAGCGCUAAAUGCUAAUUUGGGAAAGCAGCCAUAGGUUAAAGCAGUUAUGGCAGUGUGCUCAGUGGUUUCUACUGACCUCUCUUCCUCCUUUUGCGUUUGUUUUUGUUUGUUUAGUUUUUUUUUUCACUUUUCAGGACAUAUCAGGCAGUGCAAGACAUUUCACCAAUUUAAAAGAUAAGUAACACCACUGUGAUGAGUUCAUUUCACAGCCGGACCCGCCUAACCUAACCAAGAAUGAAUGAAAAGAUGCAAGAAUGUCUUUUAAAAAGAGAACUGCACCUUUUGGGGGAAGCUCGUGCAGAAGAUCCUAAAUGCUGACCUACUGUGGAUGACGUGUGCAUGAAGCUGUGCUGUCACACUGACACUGAGUACAAUCAGUCUCGUCCAAAGAGGCAGUAUCAGUCAGUCAAACGUGUCGUUGAAACCUUCGGGUACUYGUCUUUUCACACUACGGAUGAUGCAGAUGUUAUGRUAUGUGUAUAAGGGAAGCAGAAGUGUCGGCGUGUAGCUUGUCUGUCUAGGUCACAUCAGAAAUGUUAGUGGUUUGAUGUCAGAAACACUUAUUUUCAACAAAAAUAAAACUUUAUGCACAAGCG